UAAUGCCUUUUGGCUACGAAAACAAGAGGCGCAUGAGUUCUGUAGAACUGUAAUAUAAAUAAUUGUGUUUGUUUAAGGGUUGUAACUGUAAUAACAUUUGGAAACCAUUAGAUGUAGAUUGGAGGACGCUUUCCGGUUUUGUUUUAGGUAGUUGGAUGCAAUUUGAGCUGUAGAGACGAAGUAUUAGCCAGUUAGCUUGCUCAUUCAUUCGAGAAUCACACUCCGAGAGCAACAUCGCUAGCUAGCUACCGCUAACAAAGGAAUAUCAGGACCUGGCUGCGCAGCCAGCGAGUCGGUUUGUUGUGGAUUCACAUUUAAGAUUCAUCGCAGAAUAACGCGAAUAUUUGCGACUGUGCAGUCAAGUCAAUUUUUCUUCGAUUAGGAAAAAGGGUUCCAUUAUUUCUUCCCCUUAUUAAUUUUUUUUUGCACGCGCGUGAGUAGCUAGCUAGCUAUAUUUAGCGUUUGGCGCAUUUAAGGGCUCGUUUUUUUUUCAUUUCAUCUAGUAAACCUUAAUUUUGCUAACAAAGCAGAUAUGGCUGAAAUGUAUAUUCGUGUUGCUGAGGAAGAAAAUGAGGAGCCAAUGGAAAUUCCUUCAGAAGAUGAUGGAACGGUGCUUUUGUCCACGGUUUCGGCUCAGUUUCCAGGGGCUUGCGGCCUACGCUAUCGGAGUCCUAUAUCCCAGUGCAUGCGGGGGGUGCGCCUCGUGGAGGGAGUUCUUCAUGCUCCCGAGAAUGGCUGGGGUAACCUUGUGUACGUCGUAAAUUAUCCGAAAGAAUCUGCUCUGCCUGACAACAAGAGGAAGAUGGACGAAAUAGAUGCUUCAUCUGCAAAGAUCAAGAGAGGGGACCAGAAAACUUCAGAUCUAAUUGUAUUGGGUUUGCCAUGGAAAACUACAGAACAGGAUUUAAAAGACUACUUCAGUACAUUUGGUGAAGUCAUUAUGGUGCAGGUUAAGCGGGAUGUGAAGACUGGAAAUUCGAAAGGUUUUGGCUUUGUGAGAUUUGCCGAGUGGGAGACUCAGAAUAAAGUCAUUGCCCAGCGCCACAUGAUUGAUGGGAGAUGGUGUGAUUGCAAACUGCCCAAUUCAAAGCAAGGUCCCGAUGAGCCCAUGAGGAGCAGGAAAGUAUUUGUGGGUCGUUGUACAGAGGACAUGACUGCAGAUGACCUGCGCCAGUUCUUCUUGCAGUAUGGCGAGGUCACUGAUGUCUUCAUCCCCAAGCCUUUCAGAGCUUUCGCUUUUGUUACAUUUGCUGAUGACCAGGUCGCUUCUUCCUUGUGUGGAGAGGACCUGAUCAUCAAGGGCGUGAGCGUACACAUCUCCAAUGCUGAGCCCAAGCACAACAACAGCAGGCAGAUGCUGGAGAGGGCGGGCCGCUUUGGGAAUGGGUUUGGGGGUCAGGGCUUCGGCAGCAGCCGCAGCAGCUCCAGCAGCCUGGGCAGCUUCGGCAACUUCAACCUCAACCCAGCCAUGAUGGCUGCUGCCCAGGCUGCCCUGCAGAGCAGCUGGGGUAUGAUGGGCAUGUUGGCCCAGCAGGGUCAGUCUGCCACGUCUGGCUCGAGCACGAGCGGAACGAGCUCCACUCGUGACCAGACGCAGUAUAGCUCGGGCAACAGCAACUACAACAGCAGCUCAGCUGCGCUCGGGUGGGGCACGGGCUCGAACUCCACUACCAGUGGCAGUGGGUUUAACUCUAGCUUUGGCUCUAGUAUGGAGUCCAAGUCUUCAGGGUGGGGCAUGUAAGAUGAGGGUUAUGUUUUUGAAGUGUCAAUAUUUCCUAGUGUGUGUUUGGUAAGUAUUUUGAAAGACUUAACUCUUGUCUUGUGUAUGGGAGCGGGAGCAGGAGGGCAUGGGGAAUUUGGGGAGGACCGAAUAGUUUUGUACAUCUGAACAAGAGAUUAAAUUUAGUGUCUGAAGUGAGCUAUGUUAACCAGUGUUACGCAAACGCGUUAUCCUUGGUGUAACUUUGUUUUUCUUUACAUUGUACUGGUUGAUUGGGGGUAGGAAGAAGAGAUAUUUCAACUGGAUUCUUAAAAUGCAUGCAGUUUAUUCUAUGGUCACUGAAUGCAUGAUGUGAAGACCAUCAGAUUUCGACUUCGUUAAAGCUCAUUUUUAAAAAGCCUGCAUUGGGAAGAAUCUGGUUGAAACUUCCAGCCUUUUGAGUUAACCUUUAACUUGCGAAGAUACAUUUCAAAAGCCUUCAUCGAAAUCUUUUCUGCAGUUGCCAUCUGUAGGUUUUGCCUGGGAAGAAGGCCCUCUGUGGCAGCUCUGUGUGGCUGAGAUCAUAAUCCCACCUUCUUCCCCAUGUCUAAAAGCUCUCAUCGCACGGCUUGCUGGCACGGUGGGUGUCUACUUUUUUUAAUCAACUUCUUUUUUCUGAUUGACAAGAACUGCCCAAAAAGUGAACAUUUUUAACAACUCUUGAGUGAGAUUGGUGGUGGCGAAGAGUGAAAAGGCUGCGAGUGAGCGAACGGAGAGAGGAAGGAAAGCGUGGAAGCGAGCGAACGAAAGAAAAAGACUGAUGCGAGUGCGAUGAAAGCUCAAAUGUGACUGCAGUGGGUGGCUUUUGUGAGCGUGUGAAUGGGAGCUUGUUGACACUUCCCAGCUUCAUCCAUAUACAAUUCUGAAAAAAUGGACAAUUAGUUUUACAUGUAACGGAAAAUUUUUUUUUUUUUCUUUAGGCCUCCCUUUUUUUUUUCUCCUAUAGUAUACUGACGUGUUUAAGUAGCUAGUGGAAUGUUGUGAUGAUGAAUAUUUUGUCUUGCUUCUAUAAUCUGAUCUGAAUGCUGUAUGGUGUGUGUGCUUUACUUCCUUGUAACUUGACCUGUAAGUGUGAACUUUGAUGUGGAUGACAUCUUCAGUGGACACUGAGGGGGGGGAGAACGAGUGAUGGUGUAAGUGCGACCUGUAUGUUGAGUGCUGUGGAUGUCUGUGGAAUGAAUUCCCUCUAGAUAACAUUUGCUCAAUGUUUUCAAAAGCAUUUUAUAUGGCUUGUUAAAUGAAGGGAGUGCUUCAAUAAAACUUAAUUUGAAUAGG